UUUUUGAAGUGUGAAGUCAGGAUAGGAUUACACUGAACCGCGGAAAAGCCGGAGGAUUGAUAUAUUAGGGUUUCUCCGAUCGGCGGAAGUAGUCUGGAUACAGAUUCCAUGGAGGAAGGAUCCUCACAGCAAGCGCAACUGUUGAAGAUCGAUCUGACCCGGGAUACCGCGGUGGCGGACCUGACCGGGAAGGUGCAUAUCUUGCCUUGCUGCAUCAAGUACAAUGGUCACACCUCUGUUUCUCACUACUUCAAGCCCAAAUAUUCAGGGAUGGAGGCGGAUGGUAUGCGGAUCGAGGAAGCAUUCUUUAGAGGGAGGAGAUUGCAUGGAACUACCGUAGCUCUCCCCCAGGGUUAUUCCGGCUUCAUACUGGGAAAGGGAAGUUCUCAGGAGGAAGCUAAUGCUUCAAAUUUUGACUGUUGGAAAACAAAUGCAACCUUUCAAAAUGUUACAGUAUGGAAUCAUGAUGCCAUGCCCUCAAAAGAUGAUACUGUCUUGCGUGGAUUUCACUGGUUUUCCGUUGCCAAUGCUCUGCAUCAACCUGUCACAGAAGAAGAUCUGGAAUCUACAUGCAUCAAUGAGGAGCCUUAUUAUAAGCAUGCAUAAAGUAAUCAAUCCCUUUUCUAGAAUGUUGACAGUCUGAUCAGGCUGAAGUUAUAUGUGCUUCCCAGUUGUGUCAAAGCUUCAUCAUGUUAAUGCACAACCAGCUGGGGUACAUUUGCAUAUUCCUGCUGUGAAGCAUAUAUCAAUCAAUCAACCAUUUUUUCAUUGUGCGUUUUAGUAUCUUAACUUUUCUUACAUAAUAUAUUUAGUAUUUCCCGAAUUCCAUUCAGUGCGCAUCUUAGAUUGUACAUCAUCAAACACAAUACAGUUAAAGUUUUUAAAAGAAUUAUUUAUCUUAUUUACAAAGAAUCUUCAAAUUCCUCAGCAAUUGUGUACUACAGCAACAAUUGUCAACCAAUGUUUGCUAUAUUAAACAAGUUGAUUCUGCCUGCUUGCUUUUUGUUUUUUAUCAUGAUAUUUUUUUCUAGAUUCAAAGAACAUAGCCCUUUUUUUUAAAAAAAAACGGCGGGUGCUUGUUUUGCUGCUACGCAUGAGAGCACGACUUCCACGCGGAAGGAGGAGCGAAACAAAUAAGAAUAUAUUCCCAAUACCUGACAAUCUAGAUGAUCGCUGGUGGCCAUUGUUAAUUACUAAAUCUAUCUUUUUUCCUGGAACUUUUCUCUCGAAAUAGCAGGGUUAUUGAACUCACUUCAUCCCCUAUAUAUAGGGCAAUUUGUAUGACAAAACCAUCAAACCAUACAUCUCAUUUCAUAUAUCUGGGUAACUUCUUUUCAUAGUUUGU